CUGAUUAUCGUGUACGAACUACAGUACGAAGUACGAACGUUGGUCGUCGAAGUAAUUAGUAUUGAACAAAAUGGCUGAACUAUGAAGACGUGUUUAUGGCUGACGCACAAACUGUGCGGGCCAGGAAAUGGGGGGGAAAAAUCUAGUAAUUAUGAAUUAUAAAAUUAAAACUCAAGAAAUAUAUACUCGCCCAAAAAUGUGAUUACUUUUGUAAGUGCCUAAUAAAAGGUGUAGUGAAAUAUUAAGUUUCGCGUUUCAAUACAAACUCAAUAAUUAUCAAGUGUUAAAGGACGAAUCCUAUUGACAAUGAUCUAAACAUGUUUCCCUUAACACCGCCGGUGGUAAAGCGUUUGUUGGGGUGGAAAAAAGGUCCUGAAGGAACCUCAGCCGCCGAAGACAAAUGGUCGGAAAAGGCCGUGAAGAGUUUAGUUAAGAAAUUGAAGAAAACUGGAGCUAUCGAGGAGCUUGAGAAGGCGUUGUCCAAUCAAAGCGGUCAUACCAAAUGUGUUACAAUACCAAGGGUGAAGCCGAAUGAUAAUAUAUUGAAUGGACAAUAUCGCAAGGGGUUGCCGCAUGUGGUUUACUGCAGGCUGUGGCGCUGGCCGCAGCUACAGAGCCAGCAUGAAUUGAAACCGGUGGAUCACUGUGAAUACGCUUAUCAAUUAAAGAAGGACGAAGUCUGCAUAAACCCAUAUCAUUAUAACAAGAUUGAUUCGCCAGCUCUGCCACCAAUUUUGGUGCCUCGUUGUUCUGAAAACGAGACCAGGGCUCCUCCACCAUACACGGAUUAUCAGCCGAUACAUGAACAUACAGACAACGUUAUGCAAAAUGGAGUAGUGGGCGCUCAUAGCGCCUUGUAUCUCGAGGCAACGCUGGGACAGCAAGUACCUGGCAACACCACAGUACAUCUCAGUUCGUCGACGGUUGAAACUCCACCCCCAGGGUAUAUGAGCGAAGAUGGAGACCCAAUGGACCAUAAUGAUAAUAUGAACUUGACUCGUCUGAGCCCCUCACCAGGAACAUUAGGGCCAGAGACAGCCCCAGUGCUGUACCAUGAGCCGGCCUUCUGGUGCAGCAUCAGCUACUACGAGCUGAACACCAGGGUCGGGGAGACGUUCCACGCGUCGCAGCCCUCCAUCACGGUGGAUGGGUUCACGGAUCCCAGUAAUAGUGAACGUUUCUGCCUCGGUCUCCUCUCGAACGUGAAUAGAAAUGAGGUUGUGGAACAAACACGCAGACAUAUUGGGAAAGGCGUUCGACUCUACUAUAUAGGUGGUGAAGUGUUCGCGGAAUGUCUCAGCGAUUCAUCGAUAUUCGUCCAAAGUCCGAAUUGCAACCAGCGGUACGGCUGGCAUCCAGCCACCGUGUGCAAGAUACCACCAGGUUGCAAUUUGAAAAUAUUCAAUAACCAAGAGUUUGCUGCGUUGCUCAGUCAGUCAGUCUCUCAGGGCUUCGAAGCGGUGUUCCAGUUGACUCGUAUGUGCACUAUACGGAUGAGUUUCGUCAAAGGAUGGGGUGCUGAGUAUAGACGUCAAACCGUAACAUCGACGCCUUGCUGGAUCGAACUGCACCUGAACGGACCCCUGCAAUGGCUGGACAGAGUUCUGACGCAGAUGGGUUCACCGCCCUUGCCGUGCUCCUCCAUGUCUUGAAAAGGUCUUUACAACUGGGAACGCUCAGCUAAGUGUAGUUCAACAAUUACCUCCAUAAUGAGUCUAAUUAUAAAACAGGCUGUGAUCUAAGCAUAUCGGACGUCUAGAAUGUCAAAUGUCAAACGUCGACUGUCAACUAUCGAAUGUCAAUUGACUAAUAUCGAAUGAAUAUAUAUAUAUGAAGUCGUGAGUUGAUUCAAUUGUUAACUCAUUUACAAUGAAAUCGGUAAAAAAUUACGAUUUUUUUUACUUAAAUUUAUUUAUAGACGACGGAAUAUGCUUGGGUACAGCCUGACAGGUUGUUUGUGAAUAUGUAACUGUCAUAUUUUGACAGGCCGAUUCAAAAACUCACUGACAAUAGGGGCUGUUCAACAGCCCACACUGUUUGAAAACCUCAGAUUGUUUGCCUACAUUAUUAUAAAUGGGCUAUUUAAUAGCCCUUACAGAUCAAUACAGCACUGAGAUGGUAGUGUCAUUGUUUUCUAAACAGUACUCCUACAGCCCUUUAAUGGGCUGUUAAACGGCCCACAAAGUCAAGUACAAGUCUUAAUAUUAUUUCCUAAUGACAUUGGAAUAGUCAAAUUGACAUAAAUAUAUUCACAAACAUACAUAGUAUUUAGAUUGAUGUAAAUUCGCAUAGUAUAUUAUCAUUGCAUGUUAAUUAUUUAGGUACUGUUUAUGUCAAAACUGUCAUUUGUUUUUGUGUCAACUGUGACAUGGAUUUGACAUCUUUAUUAGUUUUGACAGAGAGUGGCCAAAAAUGUGAACAUUUUUUGAAAGAAACUGAAUAGAAAUAAUAAAAAUAUAUAAACACCUUACGUAUAUAACUAGUCCAGCCAUAAGUUCUGUUACAAGUGAAAUUGCUUUUUUUUAAAUGAAGUAAUGUAAUAUUAUUAAAAUGUGAUUAUUAAUAUAUAAAUAUAAUUAUAAUAUAAUUACAUAUUUAUUGAAGUCUCAGCAAAAAAUAAAAAAAUAUUCUAUUCGAAAUGGCCCCCAUGUGUUGUUAUUUGAUAAUGAACACGAAACAAUAUGUGAAAUGGCGCAAAAUCGAAAGAAGAUUUUAAAACGAGUUCCAAAUUCAAAAUAAUUAAAAAGUUGCAAAAAAAAGUUUCUAUGUAACAAUAUCUAUGGCCAGACUAGUUAUACAGUGAGGAACACUUAUGAAUAAAGAAAGUAUAACUUACUAAAAUAUAUUCAAUAAUUGGCCACUCAAAUAAAAAACUCAUUUAAAACAUAUCUUACUAUUUAGACGUUUUAGUUAAAUAAAGGUUUUAGGAUGUUUUUCCGGAUGUGGAGUUGGACCCGUUUGGUAGGUAAGGAUGGUAUUACAAAAAUAUUUUAGCGUCGGCCAAUACCGUCAAAACCUUAAAAUGUUUGGUAUAUUGUUUAAAAGUCUCAAACAAACAUUCGUUGAAGCAGAAUUCAAUCCCCCCCAGAAAAAUGAAUGAAAUUGAUUGAAUUAAUACCACGUUGCAGAGCUAUAAGUAGGAAUUACAUUACGAAAUUUGUGGCAUUUAAAUCACAAAAUUACUUUCGCAUAUAUCAAAACUACUUUCGUGAUUUAAAUGAGUUUUGACUGAGAAGAGUGUCUCAUAAAAUAUCUAAACAAGUUAUAAUGUGUCGAAAAGUGUUGCCAACACUGCCUUUUUUAUGCAAUUGAAAUAAGUCUUUAUCAUGCUAAUUCUGCACAGGUGAUUUCGCGACACUAGUUUCACGUCGCAUCGCCAUCAUGAAAAUAGUUGCAUGAAACUAAUUUCGUAAUGUAAUUCCGGCUUUAUUGAAAAUAAGGGAUACGCCAAAAUAUAAUUACAAGAGUUUGAUACAUGCUAUCGUUGUGUGUGUGACAUUUUUUGUAGAUAUUGAUAUGUUCUUUAAUAUUGUGGAACGUUUUUUUGUUCUAUCAUCAAUAGCAAAUUCGUUACAACAUACUUAUAUAAAUCUUUCCUCUUUAUAAUAUUAGUGUAGAUAACUAUUGGUAGGCUGUGGAUAGUAGCUAUUUCGUAUUUUGUAGGAGUUUAUCUACUAUAUUAAACACUUAUCUUUUUUAAACUUAUAUGAAAGCCUAUUAUGUACAUAUAGUUAUGAUUGAAAGAUAUUUAAUUAUUUUUAUUGAUUUUUGUAAAAGAUUGAAUUUUUUUUAUCUUUAGUAUAUUUGUUUUUUGUUAUAUAUAUAAUUCAUACGUACGAAAUAAAUAAUUAAGAUAUUUACUAAACUGGUUAAGUUCAUUUAUUUAUAAUGAAUGACACUGACUUUGGAAAAUCACAUAAACCGUAACCCAUACUUCAGUUUAUCACGUGGUGAUAGCUACUUUUUUUUUCAAAUUUUUUGUAAUUGUGAUUAUGUUUUGGAAUUGUGAUUAUUUUUUUGUAAUUUUGAUUGAUUUUUUUGUAAUUUUGAAGAUUUUUUUGUAAUUUUGAUUUGUUUUUUUGUAAUUGUGAUUAUUUUUUGUAAUUUUGAUUAUUUUUUGUAAUUUUGAUUAUUUUUGUGUAACUAGAUUAUUUUAUUUUAUUGUAAUUUUGAUUUUCUGUUUAAUAUAGUGAACACGUUAUCAGGUGAUAAUCUUAUAUUUACUUAGUAUUGAGUAUUAUAUUAUUUUUACAAAUCUAUUGUAACUUACAGCAUCUAAAUUAAGUUAUUAUAUGAUUUGAAUUUUUGAA